UUUUCCAGUUGGUUCUCUAUGCUGCCUGAGGCACUAGAGCCAAUUACCUACCAUGCAGCCAUUGGAAAGCUCCAAGGCAUCUCAGCUGGUCCACAGCCCCAGCGCCCUCUGGCUGUGCCAUGGUCCAGCUCACUACUGUCCUCUACAAGGCCUACCAUGGAGGCCACUUAACCAUCCACCUUGCCCUGGGUGGCUGUACCAAAUGGCCUUUUUACCACAUUGUGGUUUUCCCCAACAAGUGUCCCAAGGAUGGCCAUUUAAUGGAGCAGCUGGGCUCCUAUGAUCCAAUGUCCAAUAAUUAUGGAAAGAAACUCAUUGCUCUCAACCUGGACCAGAUGUGGCAUUGUAUUGGUUGUGGAGCCCACCUCUCUAAGCCUGUGGAAAAUUUUGUGGGUCUUUCUGGCUAUUUCCCUCAGCAUCUAAUGGUGGUCACAAAUGCUGAGAGGUUGUGACAGAAACAGGCAUGAUAAGUCCUCUUAGCUGCUCAGAAAACAGAUACAGAAGCUACAGAAACAAGAGAAUUGACUUCAGUGAACAUAGCAGUGGGAACAAGGUUGAAGUCCUCUUAA